AUGGGCACUCCAGACGCCUUGCGCCUGUCUCGCCUGGACCGGCUCAUCAACCAGCUGGGCGAGCACCAGCUGAGCAUCAGGCAGCAGGGCACCUCCGUGACCGACCUGGAUGAGAGAAUGAAGGGUCUCGAGAGCGACCUGCAGGCGGUGUUGCCCCUGCGUGGGGUGGAUGUGCAUGGUGAGCUGACGGCUGCACGGGCCUCCAUCGAUAAGCUGGCCAAGCAGGUGGCCCUCCUGAGCCGCGACCAAGAGGAGGGCCGCAUCCAGGCGGAGAUACGGCUGCAGCAGGUGGAAGCACGGCAGGCGGACGCGGAGCGCCAGCUGGCGGCGCUGGCGGCGGCGACGGAGGCGGCGGCGGCCGACUCGGCGGCGGCGGUGGAGGAGCUGCGGCAGGCCACCAAGGGCAUGCUGUCUGAAGUGAUCGGCCGCAUCGCAGACCAGUUUGAUGUGCUGCAGGCGGCUCUGGAAGAGGCCAUCGGCGGCAGGGCGGCGGCGGCGGAGGAGCGGGCGGCGACGGCAGCGGCGGUGACUCGGCAGCUCGACGAGCAGCGCACGUGGCUGCAGGAGCGGGCCGACGGGCUGCAGCAGCAGCUGGAGGCGUGGCUGGAGGCGGGUGCUGCGGCUGCCGCCGCUGCUGCGGAGCAGGAGCAGCAGCGGGUGCGGGAGCAGCUGGGUGCGGUGCAGGCGGCGGCGCAGCAGGAGGCUGUCGACCUCCGCACCGACAUGGAUGUGGCGCAGCAGCAGCUGGAGGAGGCGCGGCAGCGGCAGGCCGCGCAGGCGGAGCAGUUGGAGCAGCAGGCGCAGCAGCUGGCGGCCGUGGCAGCGGCGCAGGAGCGGGCGGCAGCGGCCCUGGAUGCCACGCAGCAGCAGGUGGCGGCGGCGCAGAGCACCCGCGAGGCCGAGCAGCAGGCAGGCGCGGCGGCGGCGGCGGCGCUGCAGGAGCGGGUGGCCGCUCUGGGCGAGGAGCAGGCUGCGGCAGCGGCGGCGCAGGCCAGCGCGGAGGGCCUGCUGCGGCAGGCGCUGACGGUGUGGCAGCAGGGCAUCCAGCAGCAGUUCUCGGGGCUGGAGGCGCGGCUGGCGGGGCAGGUCGCGGCAGCGCAGGCGGCGCAGGAGCAGGUGGCGGGGCGGUUUGAGGAGUACAAGGGGUAUGUGAAGCGGCUGCGCCGGCAGGUGGCUGAGGCACGUGCGGAGCAAGAGUCCAACAGCGCCCACAUCGCGGCUGUGCGCCAGACAUUCGACGGCACUCAGUCCAAGAUGUUUGGCGUGAACGCAGAGGCGGCAGCGCUGGGCGGCGCGCUGCUGGAGACCACGGCGGCGGCGGCGGCGGCGGGCACCGCGCUGCGCCAGCACGCGCUGCCACAGCACGUGCUGUGA